UUCUCCUUUACUUAUUUAGCCAAGUUACCCUUCUCCAUCAUCACCUCCACGACGCCUGCCUCCUCCCUCCCUCCCUCCUCCUUCACGCUCCUUCAAAAGACCACGCACAAGCACAGCACAGCACAAGCAAGCAGUCACACUACUGGCAAGCUCCCCAGCUCAGGCAAUUCUCUCGCAUAAACUACUACGUGGCUCUCUUGGCAGAAGAUCUAGAGCAGCGGUGGGAUCUGCGCGCGCGCACCAGCUUCGAUGGGCCUCGACGUCACGGAAAUCUCUGAAUUGGCGGCGCUCCGGCCGAUCCAGACGGCCGUGAGCGGCGCCCGGGCAACGGCAGCGCCGGGGGCGGAAGAUGACGCUCCAGCCGCCGACACCGGCUGCGUCACACCCAAGGCGAGCGGCGCGCGGUCAGCCGCUGCAGAAGGAGCAGACGACGACGACCCUGCCGCCAGCGCCAACAACGCCUGCUUCACACCGAAGGCAAGCGACUCCAUGGCCAUGCUGCCCAUUGCGCCACUGCAGGAAGACAGCGUCGGCUUCUCCACGGCCACGCCGCUGCCCACGGGCGGAGAAAUUGGGCGGCGAGAUGGCUGCGCCGCUGCAGGCGACGAGAGCAGCUUCACCACGCCGACGACAGCCGACAGCACGCUGGUGCCGGCCACUGUGUGCCCACCGGCGCCGCGGAAAACGGCUGCGGCGCCGACGAGGAAGCGGGCGCCGCUGCAGCAGCGGCUCUUCUAUCCGGUGCCGCGCGAUCUGACCACCGUGUUCGUGGCCGUGCCGCAGUGCCCGCCGCCCGCCAAGAGGAUGCGGGCGCACAUAGCGGAGUCAUAUGUGCCUCUAGGCACGUGACGAUGCUGCCGCCGACAUCGCCUGCGUCACUCCCAAGGCAAGCGUCCAAGCGACUCCAUGGCGCCACUCCAGCAAGACCUCGGCGUCGAUGUGAUCGGCCUGGCCACGCCGUCAGCCACGGGUGAAGGAAUCGGGCCGCGAGACGGCUGCAAGUAUAGCGCCACUGCCGGCGACGAGGACAGCUUCACCGCGCCUAUGAA